UUAAACAUACAUUUUGCACGUAAAAUAACCACUGCGUUAUAAUUUUUCAAAUUUUACUUACAUUUUUGUAUCAAUUAUCAUUAUUUUACARUUAAUAUUAAUUUAUUAGUUUUAGAACUAGGUAAAAUUGAUUAUUAUUGUUAAGAUCUUAAAUUCUUAAAUUAUCGUAAAUAUACUAGCAAGUAUCUUUUGUCUAGUAGUACAGUUGUAGUAUCUAACAAAGUAACAAACUAUAUUAUAUUUAUUUACUACCUAUUUUGUGUUAAGUACCAUUUUGUAGGUAUGUCUAUUAAUUAAUUAUUAUAAGUGUCUAAUAUUAAAUAUGGAAAACACUAUAACCGUCAAUGAUGUGGAUACAGAUUUUUUACCAUUAAUUCAUGAUAUUAUAAAAAGCGGUGAAAGGGAAAAUCAUGAACCUCAGAAAUCAGCCCAAGAAAUAUCACAAAAAAUUCAAGAUUUACAAAAAAAAAUUGAUCAAGCACGAAGUGAUGUGAGWGUACUUUUUGAUUUUACAAUUUGUUUUUAACUAUUACAUAUUUUGUUAAUUCUUGAAUAAAAACUGCACCAAAAUAUAUAAGCGCAAUAGUAAUAAUUAAAUGUAUCCUGAACGACCUGAACUUGACUGAAAUCAGUUGCGGAUCUAGGAUUUUUAUGGGGGGAGGGGGUGCUUAGGUUAAGGUUUAAUUGUGUUCUGUUUACUACAUCCUGAUUGAUAUGACUUUUUUUUCCUUAUAAUGUGCUAAAUAUUUAAAAUUUAAAUG